AUGGAGGACCUCCCUGCCUCCCAGAUCUCCAUACCUCCCUCGUCCUUAAGUGGGCCCACAGGGAGCAAUGGCUCAGAUGUCACACGUGAAGAGCAGAGCCGAGCCCCUGGUACAUCCCUAAGCACGGCCCUGCUGUGUAAGGUGUGUGGCGACAGCAGCAGCGGGAAGCAUUAUGGGAUAUACGCCUGCAACGGCUGCAGCGGCUUCUUCAAGCGGAGCGUGAGGAGGAGGCUCAUCUACAGGUGCCAGGCUAGCAUGGGCAAGUGUCCCGUGGACAAAACUCACAGGAACCAGUGCCAAGCCUGCCGUCUGAAGAAGUGCCUACAGGCUGGCAUGAAUAAGGAUGCAGUGCAGAAUGAACGGCAGCCCCGCAGUACAGCACAGGUGAGGCUGGACUCCAUCGACCUGGAUGCCGAGAAGCAACACCUCGCCACCGUAUGGGAACCAACCUCCUCUUCCUCCUCCUCCUCCUCCUGCUCUGACAUCACCAGGCCCCACAUCAUGUCAUCCAUCUCCUGCUCCAUCAGCUCCUCCACCUCCCUGCCACAGUGCGCCACCCCUCAAAACAACCACCGCUUCAUGGUCAGUCUGAUGACUGCAGAGACCUGCACCAAGCUGGAGCCCGAGGACGCUGAUGAAAACAUCGACGUGACGAGCGGUGAGCCGGAGAGGGCACCCUCGGAGGGCCGGAUGUCGCUCUGGCUGUCCGGAAGCCAGGAGAACGUGUACGAGACCGCGGCUCGCCUGCUCUUCGCGUCCGUCAAAUGGGCCAAGAACCUGCCCGUCUUCUCUAACCUGCCCUUCCGAGACCAGGUGAUCCUAUUGGAGGAGGCCUGGAGCGAGCUCUUCCUGCUGUGCACGGUCCAGUGGUCCAUGCCCCUGGACAACUGCCCUCUGCUCUCCCUGGCUGACCUCUCCGCAAUCUCAAAGAACAAAGCCAGCUCCACCAGAGCUCACCUGCGCCUCCUGCAGGAGGUAUUUGGCCGCUUCAGGGCCUUGGCCAUCGACCCCACUGAGUUUGCCUGCCUCAAAGCCAUCAUCCUGUUCAAGCCAGAGGCCCGUGGCUUGAAGGAUCCAGAACAGGUGGAGAACUUGCAGAACCAGUCUCAGUUGAUGUUGGAUCAGCACGUCCACACACAAUACCCUGGUCAACCUGCCAGGUUUGGGAAGCUCCUGCUGCUUCUGCCAUCCCUGCGUUUCGUGGCAUCAGAACAGAUCGAGCUCCUCUACUUCCACACCACCAUUGGCAACACACCCAUGGAGAAGCUGCUCUGUGACAUGUUCAAGAACUAG